AUGACUAAGGCAUUCCCCUCAGGUAGGGUAGAAACACUCUCUUUUGAAGAGGAGUACAUCCUGAAAGAAACAUGGGCAUACUUUCUGCACUUUUGGGGGUACAACUUUGCCUUAGCUUCCAAGUACAAGUUGGAGAGGUCUCUCACGAUGUCCUCGACACAUUCGGGCAGUAGCUCCAAAACAGCGCCAGGAUCGUCCGGAACUAGUAGCAGUGGAAGGUCGAAAAAGAGCAAGUUCCGUCUGAAGCUGGGUGGAAAACGUAAAGGAAGCAUUGAUCAAAACGAAUUGAAGAGAUCCUCCUCGUUAGCUUCGGCAAACGAUCCAAACGUGCUCGUGUCAACCGAGAUGAAAAUUCAUGAAAGCUUCAGAGACCAGGACCCAAAACAGCUGAAGGAGAAAUUCUGGGACUUUUUGAGACACGAUACUCCAGAUAAUCUGCUACUACGUUUCAUUAGAGCCAGAAAAUGGGAUGUCGAUAAGUCGUUGCUCAUGCUGGCUGGCACGUUACAGUGGAGAGUUUGUGAGAGCCAUGUAGAUAAACUUCUUCAGGACGGUGAGUUAGUUCCCUACAAUAAAGGGAUGACUGGGUUCAUGUUGCAAUUGGAACUGGGGAAGGCAUACAUCCGUGGUUAUGAUCGUAAAGGCCGUCCAUUGGUCCAUGUACGCCCUAAAUUACACCAUGCCUCUGAUCAGACCGAGGAGGAGAUGCAGCAUUUCACAUUACUUUUAAUCGAAUGGGCUCGUCUAUUUCUGAACGACCCAGUAGACACCUGUUCAAUCAUUUUUGACCUCACCGAUUUUUCCAUGUCGAAUAUGGACUAUGCACCAGUGAAAUUCAUGAUCAAGUGUUUUGAAGCUCAUUAUCCUGAGUCUCUAGGAGUGCUGUUUGUGCACAAGGCACCGUGGUUGUUCAGUGGUAUUUGGAAUAUCAUCAAGAACUGGCUUGACCCAGUGGUGGCUUCCAAAAUCCACUUUACCAAAAAUUUCAAGGAGCUGGCGGAAUAUAUCGAACCAAAACAUAUCCCUGCUUCCCUUGGAGGUGAAGAUGAUUAUGAAUGGGAAUACUUGGAGCCCAAUGAUAAAGAUAAUGGAGUGAUUGGUGAUGAGACGACCAAACAGAAAAUGUUGGCACAGAGAGAGCAAAUCGUGGAGAAGUUCCUGGAAACCACAAUUAAAUGGGUUGAGUCUACCACUCAGGAUGAAAGUAGACGAUACCUGCAGGAGAAAAUAGCUCUGGGCAAGAAACUAGCCCAAAACUACAUAGAAAUCGACCCAUAUAUCCGCAGUCGAAGUAUUUACGACCGACUAGGCUGGAUAAAUAUGAAGGUUGAUAGCGUAUAG